CUUCACUGUCACGUGAUAACUGUCCACAUGCCGGACGCGUACUUGAACGCAACACUUUCACUACUCUCGGGCUAAACUUGUCUUAUCGCGAGAAAGACGCCCGGUCACGAAGCGAACGCAGAGCAACAUGGCGGAAGAGGAGGUGGCCAAGCUGCAGAAGCAUCUGGCCCUGCUCAGGCAGGAGUACGUAAAGAUGCAGCAGAAGCUGGCGGACACCGAGAGACGCUGCGCCGUGCUUGCCUCUCAGGUUCCCGGCCAAGGCCCAAGCAGCCCGUCAUCUGAAGACACCUUCAUUAGUCGCCUGCUGGACAUCGUGUCAGACCUGUUUCAACAGGACCAGUACAGUGAUCUGCGAGUGAAAGUUGCCGGGUAUGAGCUCAGUGCCCAUAAGUUUGUCCUGGCUGCUCGCAGCGAUGUCUGGAGCCUCAGCAAUAUGACCACCACCUCUGAAUUGGACCUAUCUGACUGCAAGCCUGAGGUUGCCAUGGCGAUGUUGCGCUGGGUGUACACCGACAAGUUGGAGCUCAGUGAGGACGACGCAUUUCUCAUUGCCUUGAUGAAGUUGGCCAACCGCUUCCAGCUUCAGAUGCUCAGAGAAAGGUGUGAAAAGGGUGUCAUGUCUUCGGUGAACGUCAGGAACUGUAUUCGCUUCUACCAAACUGCCGAGGAGCUAAAUGCCACGACACUGAUGAACUACUGUGGAGAGAUUAUAGCCAGCCACUGGGAUGACCUGAGGAAAGAAGAUUUCAGCACCAUGAGUGCCCAGCUUUUGUACAAGAUGAUCAAGUCCAAAACAGACUAUCCUCUCCACAAAGCCAUCAAAGUCGAGCGAGAAGAUGUGGUUUUCCUCUAUCUCAUUGAGAUGGACUCGCAGCUGCCCGGCAAGUUGAAUGAACUGGACAACAAUGGCGACUUGGCUCUAGACCUGGCACUCUCACGGAAAUUGGAAAGUAUUGCCACUACUCUCGUUAACAACAAAGCUGAUGUGGAUAUGGGGGACCAGAGCGGAUGGAGCCUUCUGCACAAGGCCAUCCAAAGAGGUGAUGAAUUUGCUUCCGUCUUUCUGAUUCGUCACUCGGCUCAGGUCAACGCCGCCACCGUGGGGGCGGUGGAAACCCCGCUUCACCUAGUUUGUUCCUUCAGCCCCAAGAAACACUCGGCAGAUGUGAUGUGCGGCAUGGCGCAGAUUGCAGGAGCCCUGCUCAAGGCCGGAGCCAACCCCAACAUGCAGAACAGCAAGGGCAGAACUCCUUUGCACGAAGCCGUGUCUUCGGGGAAUGAGCCGGUGUUCAGCCAGCUCCUGGAGUGCAGACACCUUGACCUGGAACUGAAAGACCACGAGGGCAGCACACCUCUGUGGCUGGCGCUGCAGUACAUCACCGUCUCCUCGGACACUUCUGUCAAUCCAUUCGAUGACGAUGCUCCGUUCGUGAACGGCACCUCAUUCGAUGAAAAUAGCUUUGCAGCACAGCUCAUCCAGAGGGGGAGCAAUGCUGAUGCGCCAGAUAUGUCAACAGGAAACUGCCUAAUGCAAAGAGCAACUUGUGUAGCCAAUGAGGAAGCUGCUCUUUUCCUCGCCACUCAUGGGGCGAAAGUCAACCAUGUUAACAAGUGGGGGGAAAGCCCUCUUCAUACAGCAUGCCGCUGUGGCCUGGCCAGCCUGACGGCCGAGCUGCUCCAGCAGGGGGCAAACCCCAACCUGCAGACCCAGAAGGCUCUGCCUGAUGACACCUUUGGUGUGGCGAUGCAGACCCCCCUCCACUUGGCCAUCGCUCACAACCACCCAGAUGUGGUCUCUGUCAUCCUUGAGCAGAAAGCAAAUGCACUACAUGCCUCCAACAAUUUCCAGAUCAUUCCAGACUUCAGUCUCAAAGACUCUAUGGACCAGACAGUGUUGGGCUUGGCCCUCUGGACAGGUACAUGGGAAUGGGAUUCAAAUGGAAUGUCUUUGACGUGGUCUGCAUUGGGUUGUGUGACUUUGCCAAUUCCGCCGUCAGGUAUGCACAACAUAGCAGCUCAACUGCUGGGCUCUGGAGCGUCUAUCAAUGACACCAUGUCCAACGGUCAAACCCUACUCCACAUGGCCAUCCAAAGACAAGACAGCAAGAGCGCCCUUUUCCUUCUCGAGCACCAGGCAGACAUCAACGUCCGGACCCUGGAGGGACAAACAGCACUGCAGUUGGCCAUCAGUAACCAGCUGCCGCUAGUAGUGGAUGCUAUUUGCACACGAGGAGCCGAUAUGUCUGUAGUUGACGACAAAGGGGACCCUCCUUUGUGGCUGGCUUUGGAGAAUGGCCUGGAAGAUAUUGCUUCCACACUGGUCCGUCAUGGUUGCGAUGCGACGUGUUGGAGCAAAGGACCUUCUGGCUGCCAGCAGACCCUCCUGCACAGAGCCGUUGAUGAGAACAACGAGAUCUCGGCUUGCUUCCUCAUCCGCAGCGGUUGCGACGUGAACAGCCCGAGACGGCCCGGCCCAAACGGGGAAGGAGAAGAAGAGGCCCGAGACGGACAAAUGCCUCUCCACCUAGCCAGCAGCUGGGGACUGGAGGAGGUGGUGCAGUGCCUUUUGGAGUUUGGAGCUAAUGUGAACACGCAGGAUUCGGAGGGUAGAACGCCUAUCCAUGCCGCCAUUAGCAACCAGCACAACGUUAUUAUACAGCUCCUGAUUUCCCAUCCAGACAUCCGUCUUAACAUUCGCGACCGCCAAGGAAUGACACCAUUUGCCUGCGCUAUGACGCACAAGAACAACAAGGCGGCCGAAGCGAUCCUCAAAAGGGAGCCAGGUGCUGCUGAGCAGGUUGACAACAAAGGGCGAAAUUUCCUCCAUGUGGCUGUGCAGAACUCUGACAUCGAAAGCGUCCUGUUCCUCAUCAGUGUUCAAGCUAAUGUCAACUCCAGGGUUCAGGAUGCUGCUAAACUCACCCCUCUCCACUUGGCUGUGCAGGCUGGGUCGGAGAUCAUUGUCCGAAAUCUGCUGCUUGCAGGAGCCAAGGUGAAUGAGCUGACCAAACACCGACAGACUGCCCUGCACUUGGCCGCUCAGCAGGACCUGGCCACAAUUUGUUCUGUUCUCUUGGAGAAUGGCGUUGAUUUUGCUGCUGAGGAUGAGAAUGGCAACAACGCUCUUCAUCUGGCUGUGAUGCAGGGUCGCCUUAACAAUGUCAGAUCCCUCCUCACAGAGUCCAACAUCGAUGCUGAAGCCUUUAAUCUCAGAGGUCAGUCCCCAAUGCACAUUCUAGGCCAUUACGGUAAAGAGAAUGCCGCUGCCAUUUUUGAGUUGUUCCUGGAGUGUAUGCCCGAAUACCCUUUGGACAAGCCGGAUAACGAGGGUAACACAGUUUUGCUCCUGGCCUACAUGAAGGGAAACGCAAACCUGUGCCGCGCCAUCGUGAGGGCUGGCGCUCGCCUGGGCAUCAAUAACAAUCAGGGCAUCAACAUUUUCAACUACCAGGUGGCAACAAAACAGCUGCUGUUCCGCCUUCUCGAUAUGCUAUCCAAAGAGCCACCUUGGUGUGAUGGAUCCAACUGCUAUGAGUGCGCUGCCAAGUUUGGCGUUACAACAAGGAAACAUCACUGCCGUCACUGUGGGCGCCUCUUGUGCCACAAGUGCUCUAUAAAGGAGAUCCCCAUCAUCAAGUUUGACCUGAACAAGCCAGUGAGGGUGUGUGACAUCUGCUUUGAUGUGCUAACUCUGGGUGGGGUGUCGUAAUGCAACGGCCUGGACAUUCUCCACCUGCCGAUGCUGGCCAGGCCCAGCCCAACUUAGCACACUUAGUUACUGGGGGGGGGACGCACCGGGUAGCAGGACGUACUAACCAAGAAUAUUCCAGACAAUUCUGGACCAGUGUCUUUAUACUACGCCAGUAUGUGAAAACGAUUUCAUGUUUUAGUGGGACUUUAUACCUUUUUUUGUUUGUUUCAAUCAAACAAUGUUAAAACAUCCAUUUGCCAACUUUUCACGGUCACUGCAGUUCAAUGAUACACAUCCGUACCAAAACACUGUUAUAAAGGUGUUUACCUGUGGUUUAUUACGUCAUCAACACAGGUUUGUUGCUACAUACAUAGACAAAAAAGUUAGGAAGCGUCUCACCAUCAAAACCGUGUGAACCUGUACAACGACAUUUGGAUCACAUGAUCCUUUUCUUUGGACCAUUUUAUAUAUUACGGGGUAUCUGAUUCCAAUCAUAACAUACAGUUGACUUGGGGGUGGGGUGGGGCGUUGUACCACCCUGCGAAGUGUUCAAUAUAAA